AUGAAUUUGAGAUUGGAAUUGACCAGGUUCCUGAAAUUAUGUUUUGUGCUAUCUUCAGCCUUUAUGUUUUGGAAAGGUUUAUCUAUAGCGACUAAUUCGCAUUCCCCAAUCGUAGUGGUUUUAUCGGGAUCCAUGGAGCCUGCAUUCCAAAGAGGUGAUGUACUUUUCUUAUGGAAUAGAAAUGAAAGGAGUAAAGUAGGUGACGUGGUGAUCUAUGAAGUGCAAGACAAGUCAAUUCCCAUCGUUCACAGAGUUCUCAGAGAGCACCAUAAUGACAAAAAUAAACAAUUACUGCUAACGAAAGGUGAUAACAAUGCUGGUGACGAUAUUCCACUAUAUGGCAGAAAGAAAAUCUAUUUACAAAAGGAGAGGGAUAUUGUAGGUACGGUAAAGGGUUACGUUCCUCAACUUGGAUACGUAACGAUUUGGAUUUCUGAGAACAAAUAUGCAAAAUUGGCACUAAUGGGAUUCCUAGGGAUCAGCGCAUUAUUAAGUAACGAAUGA